AUGUCUCAAGAGAAGCCCAAUGACUACUUCCCCGAAAUUUGCAAAGAGAUGGGUGGUGCAGAAGUUCGCUUCAAUGACCCUUGUGCUUGGGCCCAUGGCCAGGCACAGAUGACGGGAGCCCAUUUCACCAACAUGUGCAAGGGUGCCACUCGGAUGAUUCACUGGCAUAACCAGGCUGACGAAUGGGGCUUCGUCAGCAAAGGGCGUCUUAUGACUUUUGUGUCCAGCCCAGAUGGGCUGCCGUGGCCAAGCUCCACCAACAUCUUGGAGCCUCGUGGCGUAUGGUACUUUCCGGCCAGCUGGCUGCACGGCCUGAUGUGCGUUACUCCCGAGGAAGAAGGGGGCUGCGAGUUCACGAUUGUCUUCGCAUCUCCCCAAGCUGCAGAGCCCAAUGGCCACAACCUUGACACCACCUUGGCUCAAGCAGACAAUGACGUGGCAGCCGCGGCCCUUGGGAUUUCGCUGGCCACCUAUGAGGCUUCAAGGCCAGCAUUUGGAAGAGCGCAACACUCCAUCCACUACAGCAACAGAAACAUGACGGCUCCCAUUGUGACAGCCGUGGCUCCAGGUGCGUGUGAUCCUGAGUGCCCACCGAUCCAUGAAACUACUGGAGCGCCUGCAGCUGUCCAAUCGAUCGUCGAACAGCGCGUGCAGCUUCCCGGGGCGGCUGGGGUUUCUUUGUACCGUAUUCGAACAGAUCAGUUUCCCUUUUCCCGCACCAUGUCCCAAGAGCGUACAGAGCUAGCACCCGGGGCUGUCCGCCCUGUGGUUUGGACAACAGCGGAUUCCUUCUUCAUGGUAAUAUCUGGGACCGUCACAGUGUCAUUGGAGGGUGGCAUCCUGGGCAAAGAGGCUCACCUGGAGUUUGCGAACGAGACCUUGAAGGCCGGUGACGCGGCUUACUUCCCCAACGGACGCGCCUACUGGUUUAGGGAGGCUACCGGCAAGCAACCGGCGGAGACCAUCAACGCCACUUGGCGAGCGAUUGAAUACUAG